AUUUGGUAGAUGAUGAACCGGAGGCUGCGGCAGGCGCCGGAGAACCCAUUGGGGUUUUCCGGCGGGGGCCGGUCGCCGCCGGCGCCGGCAGCUUUGAAGAUGUUGGCCUCUUGUCUUUAGCCCUCAAUCGCUGACCGUCGAUUCCCGAUGGGGAAGAUCGGACGGCCGAAAGUCGCUCACGAGAUACAAAAGGCAGGACGGCAAUUUAGCAGACGAUCUUCUUCGACGUAUCUGGGUGUGCGUGCCUGUGUUCGUGCGUCUGUCUACGUAGGAAAGAAAUAUUUGCGGGAUAUGCGUGCAGAAUUGCAGACAUACAUGGCGCUCGCUGCAUAGUUCGUGCUGUGGAAGGACGACACGGAGGCUUCUAGCGUAUCGGGAACUGUGAUUGGAAUUGGAAUUGGAAUUGGAAUUGAAAUUGAGGAAGGAAUAAAGAAAUUGAAAUACGUAAACGAGUGUUGAGGCGAACAAGAAAUAGAGGAUCGCAAGAACUGAUAUGGAUCGAUACUCUAGUAAAAAGGUUGCAGGCGGACUUGUGAUGCGCAGAAAAGGAUGCGCGUCUUUUAAGGAUGCAGCUACACAUGAAAAUGAUCGAGGUGCUCAAUUUUGCAACAGAAUUGGAUGCCAUGGAAGAAUUAAGUACUGUCAGAAUGCUAAAACUGGAGGCUCUGAUAAGGCCAAACUAUCGAAAUCUUCUUCUCGAAGUUCAAAUGGAAAUGAAGUAGUCAGGAAAUCCACUUCAAGUUGUUCUACGAUACCCGGUGCAAAAAAAUCGAAUCUUGAUUCCAAGAGGAAGUUGUCUUCUCCGCCAAAUAUCGAUUCUACUGAAAGUAGUGUAUCCAGCGAGUCUGAAGCUUCCGACUUAUCUCAAGCAUCGAAGUCGGGAGAGGUUACAGUUGCCGACUCCGGGAGCUCCAAGACGACAUCAAAUAUCAGAAGAAAAUUUCAUCCUAAAUCGAGGGUAAACCAAAAUACUCUCCCAUCAUUACCCCUCCCGCCGGCUUCUAGAAGCUCUUGCAGUUCGAGGAAUGUCAAAUGUAAUUCAGUGUCCGGAAAUCCAGCACGAUGCUCGUCUCUAGAGCCCGAGCCUGCUGCUAAAAAUAGGAUGAAGAAGAGAAGUUCAGAUGGAGAAAACAGCUUGUCCCGUAAUGUCGGCAAGACUAAUGCUGCCUCUGUAUUACCUCAGAUGUCGAAAAAUGGAAACACGAGACUGUUUUCUCGACAAAAUGGAAGAAACGGUUUGUCUGCUCGACAGCCGGCUGAUAAAGGAACAACUUUUAACAACGGCUGCAGCUCGACGAAUUUGAAACGAAGCAUUUUCAUGGGGGAGGGAAGCGGCGGCCCAGCCUCGGGUAGAACCCGAAGAACUAUGAACGGUAAUACUUCCCGACUAAAUGGAGGGACUAAUAGUUUGUCGAUUCGACAACCCGACGCCCGGGUCCCGCAAGCUUCGUGGCUAGAAAAUUCAGUACAGUCGUUUCCCGGAGGCGAUUCGAGAUCUUAUAUCGUUUCCGGCAAUAAUGGCAAUAAUCCAUCUGCUGCGUUACCUCACGACUAUCUGUACCGUUACAACAACGAGGGAGUUUCCGAGUUGUUAUUAGCUCUCGACAGAGUCGAUCAACACCAACUUACACAUGAGCAAAUACUUGCUUUGGAAACAACUUUGUUCCACGACAGCUACAACUCCAACGACCACCACGGGAGCUACAACGCCUACGACCGGCACCAUGGCAUGAGGAUGGAUAUCGAUAACAUGUCGUACGAGGAACUAUUAGAGCUAGGCGAGCGAAUGGGCACGGUGAGCACGGCGCUCUCGGAGGAAGCGUUGUCGAACUGCCUUAAGAAAAGCGCGUACCAGCCGACGCCGUCGAAAUCGAAACCUUGCGGGGAUUGCGACGGAGGUGGCGAAAACGACGACGACGACGCCAAAUGCAGCAUUUGCCAGGAGGAAUACGUAACUGGCGAUGAGAUCGGGAGGUUAGUCGAAUGCUGCCAUGGAUACCACGCGACGUGCAUAAACCAGUGGCUGAGGAUGAAGAACUGGUGCCCGAUUUGCAAGGCGGCGGCGGCACCUGCGGCGGCAGCACCGUCGCCGGCGAGAUGGACGCCGAGAUGGACGUAGAUAUGAAAGUACUCACUGCCAUGUUCUUGUAUGGUAAUAUUGACUGUGAAUAAUUUACUUAUGAAUUCUGAUGAUGUCUCUCAUUUGAACAGAACCGAUCAAUCUUAAUAAUGGUAAUGUCAUGUUAUUGUGUGGA